UGAAAUCUUUUUGAGAUUUUCUCAUGUUGCGAACAAAAGUAUUGUGCAUUGAACAAGUGUAAAGUAUAUUUAGGAUCCAGCAAUGUCGUCCGGUCGAAAGUGCAACAAUUGUGGAAGUGCCGAUAUUGAGGUGGACAAUGCUCGCGGAGAUGCCGUGUGUACUAAUUGCGGUUCCGUGCUCGAAGAUAACAUUAUCGUAUCCGAGGUUCAGUUCGAAGAAAAUGCUCACGGGGCAUCGAGUGCUGUCGGUCAGUUUGUAGCGUCCGAUUCGAAGGGAGGCGCAACGGCGUACGGAAAGUUUCACGUCGGAACCGGCACGGAAUCCCGUGAGGUUACACUGCGCAAAGCCCGUCACGGCAUCACUCAUCUGUGCCAUCAGCUGCAUCUUAACAAUCACUGUAUCGAUACGGCUUGUAACUUCUUCAAGAUGGCUUUAAUUAGACAUCUGACUCGGGGCCGGAAAAAUACGCACAUCUACGCGGCCUGUGUGUACAUAACGUGCCGAACCGAAGGAACUUCUCAUCUUCUGAUUGAUAUAAGUGAUGUUCUGCAAAUAUGUUGCUAUGAGCUAGGGCGAACAUACUUAAAAUUGUCACAAGCAUUGUGCAUCAACAUUCCUUCUAUCGACCCCUGCAUCUACAUCAUGCGCUACGCCAACAAGCUCGAGUUCGGCGAGCGGACCCACGAGGUAUCGAUGACGGCGCAGCGCCUGGUUCAGCGCAUGAAGAAGGACUCUAUCCACUCGGGUCGACGACCGUCCGGUUUGUGCGGGGCCGCUUUGCUGCUGGCAGCACGUAUGCACGAGUAUAGCCGUACUCCAAACGACAUCGUGCGAAUUGUAAAAAUUCAUGAAUCAACCUUACGCAAACGUUUGGUUGAAUUUGGCGAAACACCGAGCAGCGCCCUUACGCUUGACGAGUUUAUGUCGGUUGAUUUGGAAGCCGAACAGGAUCCGCCCGCAUUUAAGGCCGCUAGAAAGAAAGACAAGGAACGCCUGCAGAAGCUGGGGGAAUCGACAACGGAGUUCAAUCAGCUGCAGGCGGAAAUCGAUGCCGCUUUGGACCGUGACUUGCAUAAAACUAUGAGUCGCAAGCGGAAAUUUAAGGGGGAAGAUUUUGGGGUGGAUGAACUACGAGAAACGGAUCAAUUCAUUAAAGAAUCUACGCUGGACGUCAUUAAUCAGUGUUUGGAAGAGGGUUCAGAUGAGACUAGGCUGAACGAUAACGGGCGCAGAAAAGCCACCGUUCCAGAAGGUAUGAAACCCGACUUGAUGGCUAUGUGUUCUAACCCGGUGGAGGAACGAAAGGAAGCUAGUAAGCAAGAGCCUAGAGAUGAUGACGGAGAUCUGAUAUUGGAUGGUCUAGACGAUGAAGAAAUUGAUGGAUACAUCAUGACUGAAGAAGAAGCCACAUACAAAGACAUGAUGUGGAAUCGAUUACAUGCAGAAUAUCUCAAGGAAAUGAAGGAAAAGGAAGAACGUUUGGCCAAAGAACGUGAGGAAGGUAAGCCAGAAAAGAAGAAACGUAAGAACCACCGCAAAAAAACUAUUGGACCGUCCAAUUCAGCGGGGGAAGCUAUCGAAAAAAUGCUUCAGGAAAAGAAAAUCUCAAGCAAAAUAAAUUAUGACAUUCUGAAAACGCUUACCGAUAGUGCAAGUACCAGUGAGCAACAAUCGGAAGUGCUAACAAAACAAGAAACUAGCGACAUCGACAUUCUCUCUCGGACUCGCAUUAAACCGGAAACGGCACUGUCGCGAAGUGCUAAGCCUGCCGUUAAUCUAACUGUUGGUGGUCGCAGAAAAGCGCCUGUCACUGCGACUUUGCCGGUCGUCAGCAGUGAGGCAGAAGAGUCUUCGAUAGUUGUUGAGGAUCAACCGCCGACGCCGAAGGUUGAACAAGAUGAAUUGAUGAUCGAUGAUUAUGAUGAGGAACUCGAGCAGGAACCCGAACCCGAACCGGAGCACAAAUCGUUGGCUGAUAUGUUGAAUAUGGGUGAAGAUGAUGAUUACUAUGGAUACGAGGAAGAUUAUUAGGUAUUGCAUUUUGUCUAUUCUACCUAUCUAUUAUAUCAAAUUUCGCAUCAAAGAUAAAUCAU